AUGGCUCCCUAUGAAGCUUUGUAUGACCGUAGGUGCAGGGUGCCUACUUGUUGGUCAGAAAUUGGAGGGAGGAAGCUGAGUCCUAGGUUUAUUGAGCCCUACCAGAUUAUAAAGAGGGUCAGACCUGUGGCAUACCAGCUUGUCUUACCUCCACAUCUGUCAAAUCUGCAUAGUGUUUUUCACAUCAGUCAGCUUCGCAAAUACGUACCUGAUGCGUCCCACAUUGUUCAGCGGGACGAUAUUGAAGUAAGAAAAGACUUGAAGUUUGUUGUGAGACCGUUGAAGGUUCUAGCUCGUGAUGAAAAAGUGUUGAGAAACAUGAAUAUUCCCAUGAUUAAGGUGCAAUGGGAAGGAUUGACUCCUGAGGACGCUACUUGA